UUUAAGAUAUCGUUUCGUUCAUUGUCUUCAGUGUUGCGAAUUAUGAAGAAUAUUUGCUUUCGUAUUACUUUUUUUUAAAAUUUUGAAAACUAAAGCAUCUUAGUAAUCAUGGAAUUUCUAACUGACACAGAGGCCUGAUAUAAAGUGCUGAAUUCCCAGAAAUGUAUUCCGGCUCCUGUCUAGCAGAUCGUGUCUGUCAUUACUGAAAUAUCAGACUUGUGUAAAUAUAUCAACAAAUGUGCCUUCCAUGAGGAUUUGUUAUUUAGGGAAAAAACUCCAAACUACUAAAUAUAACCGUCUAUGAUAAAGCCGAACAAGGAUUUAGUGGAAUCUAACAGCUCUCUACCAGUCUCCGAAGGAAGCGGUUGUAUAACUUGUUGUCUUACUCAUCAUAAGUUAAUUCUCUCAACCUUCCUCUGUCAUUUUAACUUCACAUUACCAACAAAUGGAAAUACGAGUGUAUCGACGGCGCCACUUUUCUCACAUCUGAAGAUACUGGACAACACGAAAAGAUGUCCUUGCCCGAGAGCAAGCGUACCAGUGUCGGCCGAAAGUCCAGUUUCAGGGGCCUAAGGUUGGGAAGCCUUCGUACAGUCAAGGAUGAUCAACCAGUUGCCAGAAAAGAGGCCAAACCUCCCAUACCUGUUGAUUCAGAUUCAGCAGGUCAGCUCCAGCGUUGUGUGAUAAUCCAGAAGGAUGAGAAGGGUUAUGGGCUUACUGUCAGUGGAGAUAAUCCAGUUUUUGUUCAGUCUGUCAAACCAGAUGGAGCAGCCUCAAAAGCUGGGGUGCAACAAGGGGAUAAAAUUAUCAAGGUGAAUGGUACGUCAGCAUUAAGUUUAAACCACAUUGAAGUUGUCAACCUCAUCAAAUCUGGUUCUUAUGUUGCACUCACAUUACUGGGGAAAUCUCAAGGACAGAUAAAAGCUAUGGAGUCUAAAGAGAAUUCCAGUUCAAGUCACCGUAUAACUGCUCCACGCCCUGUUGAUCAUGAAAAGGAAAGGAAUAUGCGACAGCAGAGUAUUAGGACCAUAGAAAAGAUGCUUAUACUCCAACAAGAAGAAUGUAUUAGAGCUCGUAAAAUAUAUGCUAAGUCUCCAUCAGAAAAAAAUAAAGAGGAAUUAAAUGAAAAAGAACGGACUGUUAAUACUUUGGAAACUCGCCUACGACAACUGCAAAGUGAAUUUCCUAGUGACUUUGUUGAACUAGGACUUCCAGAUCUUUCUUCAGGACGGCUACCAGGGGGGUCCAAACACAUUAAGCAUGGCUCCGUUCCAGCUUCCAUCUACAAAACAAGGGAUUUAGUUGAUAUUCGGGAUAUCAAUGUGUCUCGUUCCAAGUCUGAUGCCUCAAGUAAAGCCAGCCAAGUAGUCGCUGGAGAGACCCUCGGCUCCAGCCAUUCCCAGCUCCCACCUGGAUAUCAGCAAAGAGACAACACCAAGGAGCGCACAUCUUUAACAGUUGGUUCACCUGACACAAGUGGUAUUUUGGAUUCACCGCAUGCUAGUCCCAGUAAUUCUCCAACACCUGUUCACCUGGCUGAUAUGAGCAGUUCAAAUCCAGAUGCUGACAGAUGUGGAACUGAGGACGGAGGCACAGCAGCAAUAAUGACCAUGGAAGAAGACGAUGAUGAUGAAGUGCCUACUGAUGAGGCCGAAAAUCGUUUGCCAUUUGGUAAUUUUGAAGAAGUAGAGAAGCGGAAUGCUUACCUUUCUAUAUUGCUGCACUAUCUUAUUUCUAAUGAUGACCCCUCAGCACUGUUUUUCUAUAUAAUAUCUGAUAUUUACUCAUCAGCUAAUGGAAGUAGUAAAGAAUUAAGAAAAUGGGCUUACGAAAUAUAUUCCACAUUUUUAAUUCAAAAUGCUCCAUUAAAAGUAACGAUUGAUGAGAAUUUAGUGAAAAUAAUUGAUGACGUUUUAAACAGUAAAACUGACAAAGAGGAAAAUCUUCGCUCUUUAUUCCAUGAUGCAAAACAUGAUGUUCGUAGUGCUGUAAACUUGAUGCUCAAUGACUUUAGGAACAAACAAAAGUUAGGGCUUGGCAAUUUUUAUGGUGUUGAUGAACUUGAACUCGACAUGGAUAAAUCUCAAGAAAUGAAGAUUAUUGAGAAUUAUCUUGUACCACAUUUAGAAAGUUUUACAGAAGAAAAAGCAAAGUGUGCAAGGGAUCAAGCACUUGGCUGGGCACUUGCAACAUAUCUUCGUCAUAUUGGUGUUACAAAACUGUCAUAUCACAGUUCUGUUUUAGAUCGGGUUCACAGUUUUGUGAUGAAAGAACGGAAAGAAAAGGGAAUUAAACUCCCAGGGACCAAAUCAAAAACAAAGGCAUACCGCAACCAUCAGUUUGUUCCUCAGCAUUAUUACCAACUGACUGAUUGUACGGUUUGUUCUAGUCCUGUGUGGGGAGUUGGUUUUCAAGGCUAUCAGUGUAGCAAUUGUGAGUGGAAUGUUCAUAAACAUUGCAUAGAAUCCAUUGACAUCUUGUGUCCACAAGGUCGGAAAAAACGAACGUCUGGGCUGAUGGACAAAUGGGGCCGAAAACCUAGUAAUACAAAUGCACCACAUAUAAACCAAAGAAGAGAAUCAUGUAGUCCAACACAAAGUGGAAGUUCUGGUGUUUCAGGGGCUGAUGAAGAUGUCGACUCUGGUUUUCAUUCGGUAAACAGUAUUGUAAAACGAUUUGAGAAAAGUCCAGGGGAAAAUGACGAUGAAAGACACAAGCGUGCUACUGAUUUAGGGCGUUCGGAGAGCUUAAAAGAUCGACCUGACCAGAAAGGUGAUCGACGAACUAGACGAGCUAAAAGUGAUGUGGAUAUGGAUGAAAACACUAUCAAGGUACUUAAUAACUCAGGAAGUUCAUCUACGUCUAGUCUACAUUCUGCCAGGAAAAUUAGUGACAAGUUUUUUGGGAGUUCAGACAGCCCCUGCAAUUCCAACGAUGCUGAUAAUGAAGAUCCCAUGGUGGAUGAUUCUGAUCUUGAAGUGGAACCUGAGUUACCUCAUCUUACUAAAGUGAUAUCUGAGGAUCUUUUGCGUAAAAUGAAACCAAAAGAAAAGAAACGGCAAGAAGUUAUAAAUGAACUGUUUUAUACGGAACGUGCUCAUUUGAGGAAUAUGAAAAUUCUUGAUAAGUUAUUUCGCAAACCUAUGAUGCAGCGUGAAUAUAUAUCACAAAAUCUUAUAGACUCUUUAUUCCCAAACCUAGAAGAGUUGAUAAAACUUCACAAGUCAAUGAAUGAAGAAAUGAAGACCAGGAGGAAAGAGCAUCCUGUUAUCUCUGGUGUUGGGGAUAUUUUAUUAAGGAGGUUUGAUGGUGAAGCUGGUGAACAUUUUAAGAAAAACUGUGCAAUCUUCUGUCGAAACCAAUCUUCAGCUUUAGAAUCUCUUCGGUUAAAACAGAGAAAAGACCAAAAAUUUGCACAGUUCUUAAUGGAAUCUGAAUCUAGUAUCAUGUGUCGGCGUUUACAGCUAAAAGAUCUCAUUCCAGCAGAAAUGCAACGUCUUACGAAAUACCAUCUACUUAUUGAUAAUUUACUAAAAUAUACCACAACAAGUACAGAGGAAUAUGCAAUGCUUGAAAAAAUUAACCGACUCAGCAAGCGUAUUUUAGAGUAUGUGAAUUUAGCUGUACAGGAAUGUGAAAAUAGCCACCGACUCUAUGAACUUCAGAGGCGACUAGACAAGAGACCAUUGGAAAAUAUUCCUGAAUUUGAAGAAUUUAAAAAUUUCUCCUUGACGGAUUACAAACUGAUCCAUGAGGGCUUCCUAACAUGGCAUGUCAACCAAACUCGGAAUAAGAACAUCGAUGUGCAUGUUGUAUUGUUAGAUAAAUAUUUAGUGUUUCUACAGAAACAAGAUGAUCGAUUAGUUCUUAAAUGUCACGAUACAGCUAUACUUGUAGGAGGACAAGGCACAGAUAUGCGUUGUAAAUUUACACACCGGCCUAUAUUAGACAUUGAUAAAGUGUUAACACGUAAUGUUGCUACCAAUAAAAAAGGGUUCUUUGUUGUUUAUACAUCAAGUAAAGGACCUCAAAUUUAUGAGUUAACAGCACCUAGUAUAGAAGAUCAGAAAAAGUGGUUCAAAUGUAUACAAAGUGCUGUGGAUACAUACGACAAAAAAAUGAAGUCAAAUACGACAGUCACUGCCAGUAGUACUGUAUCUACGCCAACGACUACAAAUAGUACGUCCAUAACGCCAACACUAACAGCAACAACAACAACAACAGCAACAACAGCAGCAGUAACAGCAACGACAACAGCAACCACAACACCAACAACAACAACAACAACACACAGCACAACGGAAGCACAGAGAAAGAUCGACAGUAUUGGAACAGACCAGCUACAACCCGAUACUGGUGGUUUGAAAGAUAAAGAUGUAGUAGAACACCUUGGUCAAUUAACUGAUGAAAGAUUGAAUGUGGAGAAGGCCGAUGAGGCCCACCAACCAGAAGCACAUUUUGCUGGUCCGGAAGAUGUCAUCAUAUCUGAUGUAGCGAUUGCACGUGCUGAGUCAGUACAGUCUCCUAUUGAGAAGCUGCGCCAGAAUGAGGAACUUGUCCGAAAAAUGCUGAAGGACCGAGAAAAAAUAAUUGCUGAAUUACUCAACAUUCCCUUCGAUGAUUAUGAUCAUAUUGUUGAGAUGGCGUCUGAGAAGGCGAUGGGUGAAAAGCGGCGACAGCAGCAGCAACAGCAGCAGCAGCAGUUUGUGGAUCUCCAGGAGGUGAUAUUAGCCUGUUCUGACCAUAGCAAAGAACUCCUCGAAAUCAUGAUCACUACCUUACCAUCACAUGGGCUUGUGGCUAACUCUACGACCACUCCAGAUCUUCAUCCAACCACUGAUAGUUUGUCUGCUGUGGCAACGAAGGGAGAUAACCCACAAGUUGCUAUUCCCAUCCCAUACAGUAAACUGCAAGACAUGAAUAACAAGUUAAACAGUCUAGUGACUAAUAUGUUGUCAGUGAUACAUGAUGAUGAAAGAAUCCGACUCCGAGAAGAACUGAAGCUUGCUCAAGAACAAGUUCAGCAAUUGCUUGAAGCUAAGCGCCUUAUGUCUGCUGGUACUGCCAGUAUGCCAAGUUCGCUGACAAUGAGUGCAAGUAGUCGACCGCAUAGUAUGAUUUCUACAACAUCCUCUGCAUCAGAGCAAUAUGAAGAACCAUUGCCAGACCCGGUGGACAUGGCUGAGUUGAAAGGUCCAAAAGAGACUCCCACUUCUUCUCAGCCAACCCCCGACCAGCAAAUGUGUGACAAAAAUAACUCUCAACAAUCAACAACAAAAGAUUCUGCAGAGAGUGAUAACGAUUUCUUUCAGGAUGUCAGUUCCUCUUUAACAGAAAUGCCGUCAGUGAAGCCUGACGCAGAAAACGAUGACCAGGUACCAGAAACGAGCUGUGAAUCAGAAAGUUGUAAUACUGAAGAAGUCAAAGAACAAGCUGACAAUUGCUCCACGACAUUAGCUGAUUGUGACAGUAUACCCCAUUUAAACCUCUGUGAUGAUAUGGAAUCAGUGUACGACAUGCCAGAUGAUACUAAACAUCAAAGCGGACAUAUGGAGCCUUUAAAAAUUUAACUUCUUUUUUUAAACGAAAAAAAGAAAACAAACAAAUAUAUAUAUGUAUACAUAUAUGUAUAUGAAAUCAAACCACAGAAAGAAUGAUGAAUAUAUUUCUUUCUAAAUUUAAUUUUAAUUUUUUUUUUUUUAAAUUUAAAAGAAAAAUAAUUCGAUUCUUCAUGAGAGCUGUUGCCUAUCUAAUUUUGGUUAGAUAUAAUGCAUAAAGCCACUGUUUUCACCAUCAACUAAUCACACAUCAUUACUUGAUCUCUGUCUUUACUUCUGGCUGCCUUACACACAUACAUAGAAAUACCCACACUCACACAGUUACCACACAGACAUUUCAGUUAAGAAGAAUGACCCCUCCCACUCUCUCUCUUUUUUUUUUUUUAAGUGCUUAUUUUCCUUCCCCUAAAUUCUGUUUGUAAAGGAAAGAAAAAGAAAAGAUCAAAGAAAUACAUAGUUUGCUUCAUCUGUAUCAAACAUACUCAACAUUUUCUAGGCUGGAAAUUUUGUUCAUUGUUUUAGUCUUAUCAGACUUUUAUUUUAAUUAAAUAAUAUUGUAGAUAAAUAAAAGUCAGUUUGUAACAACUUUCCCUCAACUUAAUCCCUUGAAAUCCCUCUAAUCCCUUAACAGAAUACAUUUACAACCAGUUAUCUAAUGGAGCCAAAACUUUUAGUUUUUUACAGAUUUUUUAACAGAUUUAUUGUUUACUUUUAAUAUUUAUUCUGAAAAUUAAUAAUGAGCAGGAUAAAAGAUUUUAAAUUGCCCCUCCCCACUAUUUUUGCUUUGAUUGUUAUUAGAAUUUUCUAGAAUAUAAUCUCUUGUUUGUUAGGCAAACAACAACAAUAAUAAUAAUAAGUUCUGUACCUAACAAACUAAUUUUCUCUUAAUAAUGCAUGCCUAGCAAAGUAGAAAGCCUUAUCUCUAAACACAUCUUGUAAACAUUAUAUGCUAAAAAAAUUGUUAUAAUUUGAAGGUAGAUCCAAUUAGAUGCUGGUGUCUUAACUAGGAAGUCAUUUUAGUUUUCAUGUUGCUCUGUUAUUAAAACUCAUUCAUUAUCAUCUGUUUAAUGAAACCACUGUUGAAAGUCACAGCUAUUUGUGUUAAUAACUAUUAACUAGCUUAAUUAUUUAAGAAGAA